AUGGCGCCAGCGGUCGCUCCACCCACGACGCGGCUCGACCCCAUCAGUAUCACCGUUUACUAUGCAGCCGACAAGCAGUCCAACACUGCCAUCGCCUACCGCACCGAGGACCUCGAGCGUCAGCGCCGUGAGCCUGCGUAUGUGCCUGACUGCUUCGAUAUCACGACCCCAAAAAAGGAGAGCGUCGAUCCCGCGCAGGACUUUGAGGAAGCAAGCCUCAAGAGACAGCUGUGCGACUUCCUGGGCUAUCAAGAGCACCAUGAGCCAACCAAGGCGCCAAAGCUGCACGCACACUCUGUUGCGCCACGAAACUACGGCUAUGCGCCCGCUCAACGCCCUCCUCCGGCACCACCAGCAGCGCAUAUGCGCCACCACAACCCCGAGCUUACACCAGCAUUUGCUGAAGCUGCUAAGCAGCAAGCGACCUGUCUGCCUCAGGCAUUCAACAACGACCGUUAUCGCAACACCGCGACAUCUCUCGCGCCACCAAACCCUGCCAUGGUAACGAGACAGCUCCAGCCCCCUUCUACUGACGGCCACGCGCAGAGCAAUGGUCAAAUCCUGGCAAAUUACUAUGCACGUCAGCGCCCUGUCUCCGAGUCGGCGUAUUCUGCGGCUACUAAGGCAGCACACGAAGCUCGACAGGCCAGCCAAAUCACAAACCACGGUGGAUGGUCGAUCCAGGGUAAUGCCCGAGCAUCUCGAUUCCAACCCACACCACAGCCGCCGCUGGCGAGUCCUAACAUGGCUCCGUAUGCGAUGGGCGGCAAUAACUUCGCACUUCAUCGCUCGCCAUCACUGGCCGCCGUGCAGCAGCAUAACACCCUGACACGACCACAGAAUACGUCAGCACCGAUGGGAACAUAUCCCAUGAGCGGCAAUAUUCUCACACCUCAUCGCUCACCAUCACUGGCCGCCGUGCAGCAGCAUAACAUCCAAACACGGCCACAGAGUACGUCAGCACCGAUGGGACCAUAUCCAAUGAGCGGAAAUACUUUCACACCUCAUCGCUCACCAUCACUGGCCGCCGUGCAGCAGCAUAAUAUCCAAGCACGGCCACAGAGCACGUCAGCACCGAUGGGACCAUAUCCAAUGAGCGGCAAUGCUUUUGCACCCCAACUCUCGCCAUCAAUGGCCGCUAUGCAGCAAUACAGCGCCCAGACACGACCUCAGAGCAUCACACCACCGAAGGGAGUGAACUCUAUGGGCGGCAGUAAUUUCGCACCCCAUCGUUCGCCAUCAAUGGCCACCGUACAGCAGCAUAGCGCCCAGACGCCACCUCAGAGUAUCACUUCGUCGAAGGGAUUGAAUUCGACGGGCAGUGGUUCAUGGUCAUCUCAUCCACGACUAGCAACGACUCCAGUGCUCACCCCUAGUCCAGGAGCAAACGCCUCUCCGCGAGCAGGUGCUUCUCCGCUGGGAGGUAAUACUACGCAAUGGCGCGGCGCUCAAAUGCCACCUCGACGUAUCGACAGCCCACAGCAGUCGUGGCUACACAAUGCCUCUGCUCAAGCCAUGCAACCGCAUGCUUGGGCAAAGCCGCCCUUAAGCCCGCCAAAGCCGGGGCAAAGUCAACCUAUUCAUGUGAGCGCCGAUGGGCGAUACUACUUGCCUGAUUCCACCGAGCGUAGGUUCCUUCAGCCUGUCGAACCAGGUCAUGCCGAGAGAACGCCUGAUCAGUAUCAACAAGCACAGCGACAGUUGCAGCAACGACAAGAGUCAACAGAGAAUUGGCGUAAGAAGCAGCAAGAGAUGGCUCAAAUGGCUGCAAAUAUGCAGGCCAAGAUUCUGGCACAAGACGAUACACUGUACAGGCAAGCCAACAGCCUGAACUCCCAGCCCAGACGUCAGAUCUCGGACGGGAAGAUGUCAGUCUCAGCCUUGGCCAGACAGUACAACGUUGAUGUGAAUGCUACUGCUUCCGCGAGGCCACCAUUACCAGCUUCUUCUGACCCUGGAGGUCAUCGAGUGGUGGUGCAAGGGCGGCGCCACUACGCUGCUCCUGAGGUGAUGCAUCGUCGAGCGCCCAGUGGGGAUGCACCGGCCCCAUCCCAGAAGCAGGCGCAAGGGCAGCGCCAUUACACUGCUCCUGAGGUGGUACAUGGUCGAGCGCCUAGUGGGAAUGCAACGACUCCAUCUCAGCAGCAAGCGACACAACCUCCCUACUCGACGCCAGCCUCGGGUGCCAUCCGCAACGGGUCUUUUCGAGAUGCUUAUCUAAACGAGUUACUUCCACCGGCUCAAAGCCAUGGCCAGGAGGUCCAGGUUUUCAUUGGUCUUUCGGAAACUCAAAUAUUGCUGUUGCUUCGUCUCCUCCCUGAAGUUCAAGUUCAGAUAAAGAGCAUGGCUCCUGCGGACCGGCGGCGCUGGUUGCAGCAAUUCUACGCCAUACAUCAAGCCAAAAUCGACCCGAUGGUACAGCUUCCACCAAACGGCAGUCAGCCACGGCAGCAACAGUCAGUACAGCUGCCGCUGAAUAAUGGCCAGCCACGGCAACAACCGACGGUCCCCGCCCGUGAGCAACCGCCGAGUCCGACUAUUUGA